AUGGAACUCUUCCGCCGGGGCGCCUCUUCGCUCUUCGGUUCCUCCAACGUUUCCCUUGCAUCCUCUAGGACCGACACCGACACCGACUUUGUGGGGGACAAUGCGCUAGCUGAGAAGGGAUUCAAGUCUAUCUCGGAAUCGGAUAAGCUGUUUAGGCAGACAGACCCUGCGGUCGAUGGCGACGAAUGCUUGCAUGACUGCGCAUCUUGUACAGUGAAAUACCCCGCCAAAUUCGACGUUGAUCAAGAAGAUGAGCUCUACGGACAAGUUAAAGGCUGGGCGACACACCUGCUGGUUGCUACUGGCAAGUCAGAUUGGGUGCGCGAUGUAGCAGACGAGGUGGGCAGUGUCAUGGAGGCCAUUGAGAAAGGAGGAAUUGAGCCGAGCAACGGGAGACUCAAGCUGUCAGCAUCAAACAUGCCCGUUCCCGACGAAUACCACAUGCAUGAGACGGGCAAACAACCCACUGAUGUGCUUCUCCUCCCCAGUUUCACCAUCGUGGAACAAGUCACCCCGCAACUGGUCCCGGACUUGAUCGAGAACUUUGUCAACAAGUCAUUGACAACGACGACACCCCUAGGCGCCUCGCCAGCAGGCCCCAGUGAGGAGGAGCAAGACCAGGAACAGCAGCCACCACACCCUGCCAGCACAUCCCUCACGACCCCGCUCCGUUCACAUCCCUGCCCACACGCCGCCGUCAUCCUCCUCUGCUCCCAGCGCACCCGCGACGCCCGCUGUGGCCAAUCCGCGCCUCUCCUCCGGCGCGAAUUCGAGCGCCAUCUGCGUCCGCUAGGCCUGUAUCGCGACAUGAACGAUACGAGACCCGGCGGCGUGGGCAUCUACUUCAUCAGCCACGUUGGUGGUCACAAGUACUCGGCGAACGUGAUUGUAUACCGCCGGCGCGAUUUCGAGUGGUACAAAAAGAACGGUGCAGAUGGCAGUGAGGACGACGAGGGUGCGGCGCAGGGUAUCUGGCUGGCGCGUGUGCGGCCAGAAGAAUGUGAGAAUAUCAUCCGGUAUACCGUGCUGCAGGGCAAGGUGCUUAAGCCGGGGAAGCAAUUGCGGGGUGGGUUCGAUCGAGAACGGGGGUUGACGAGUUGGUGA